UUUUUUUUUUUUGCAGUGGUCAACAUUAUAGUGACACAUUCCAGAGAAACCCCAACACAGCGUGUGAGCUGACGUUGAGUGACAUCAAAAUAGGAAGAAGAACUAGUCACAUGGAUGAACUCAUACACCCACACAUUUAUUCCAAACAACCACAUGCUUCUGUGGAAGCCUCACUUAAUACGCUCAUCUACAAAAUGGAAGAAGAAAAAAAAGAAAACAUAUUUGUGUUACUCUAACUAAAACAUGAUUGUUCAGAAAGCCUGAAGGUAUUAGGUUUUGUAGUUUGGUAAGUGAAAAUGAUUGAGAAAGAAAAUAAGGAAACACUUUCUGGAAGACUCCGCCCCCAAAGUGUAUCAUUAAGAGGAAGCAAGGCAGGUUCAUUCUCUCUCUAGCAAGAUAGCAGACAAGGCAGAUCAUGGCAUCAAGUUACAACAUGCCAUCCCUUCGAAGUCUGAGGACUCUGGAGUGUUCUCUGCUGCUUUUGACAAUAUUGACUGCCAAAGCCAGCGGUAUUCAAGAGAUUUCAGAGCCGGUCAAUGGGAGUGCGACUUUCAAAUGCCCUGUUAAUGAGAAUAGGGAAAUAGAAUUUGUCUAUUUACAAAAGGACAACCUUUUUGUCAACGGACAUCACUCUGAAAACAGUAUAGCAGGAAAAUGGAACAACACAAAAAUGGAUAAGAACUUCACAUUUUACAUGUAUAACCUGGAGCGCUCUCUAAGUGGACAUUACAAGUGUUUCAUCAUGUAUAAGAAAGCUGAGAAUCCUGAAACGCGUGAGUACAACCUCACGGUCACAGUCCCCUACAGCAAGCCAUCAUUCACAAAGGAGUGCAACAACAGGAAUGACAUCAGAAGUUGCCAGGUGACAUGUAUGGCACAGGAUGGCUACCCGAGUCAAAAGAUCUGGAUCGUUUUAGUCCAGAGUGGGAACGACACCAACGGAAUGGUUACGAGUCGCAAUGACUCAGUGUUCAACCUCACCACGAAGCUGUUCAGCAGCACUGUCACCGCAGAGUUCAACUGUUCCAACACCGAGGUGGAGUUCGUCUGCUCGGUGGGGGGCGUUGUCUCAGAAACCAUCUCAAUCUGUUCACCACCAUCUAAUCCAGCCACCAUCAUAACUGCUUGCACUGUACCACUGGCUUUGUUGUUGAUAGUUGCUGGUUGCUUCAUCUACAAAAAAUGUCGUAAAAAUGCAGAAAAUAACAACAGGCCAGCAAGGAAUGCCACGGAGGUUGAAAUCCUCAAUCAAGAAGUAGAAUCCACAGAGGAAUUCCGAGUCUGAGCCCUUUUCGUUAAUCUGGGAUUUCAGUUUGACAUUCAUGACUGGCUGGAUUGGGUCCAAGGAUGGAUUGGAGAGAGCGAGCUUCCGGUGUCGCAGCCACGCUUGACUUCAAGGGAUUUGAGGAAGUCACUGCUAUUUACUGGUGAAGCGAAGUGCGUCACUGAACUGAGAGCCACAGACUUCUCCUAAAGCAGGACAUUUCCAGUGGUGUACACUGGAAAACUGUACGAAGCGGUGACCUAUAACUGUACUGUGAACAAAAGAUCAUGGAUGUACUACAGUAACCUCCAUGGGGAGAAGUGAAACAGAUUUCACCUGGUUAGCGGGAGAACUUGAUUUUUUGUGUCUUUUUGCACUUUACCCAUGUUUUAAUGGUAGCUAUUGCUCACGUAUUAACUUUAUAUUUAUAUAUUUUUUUCAUCUGGAUGUGUGUGUGUGUAUGGUGACAAAUUCAAAUAUCUUUAGUCAGACAAAAAAUAUACAAACUAACGUUAAGCACUCCUGAACAAUAUUAGAAGGUCACCAUGUUUUAAAGGAUUUCUAUGUCAUUCUCAUGACUAAUGCAUUUUACAUGGUUAAUUGAAACAAAAAAUACUUGAAUAACUAUGUUUGGGCAACAAAAUGUCUGGCAGAACAACAGAAAAGCUUUUUUUUUUGAGUACACACACAGCAUAGAGAUGAUAAAGCUAUGGUUGGGAAGUAAAAAGCUUUAAAAAGUGUUGUGUAAAUAAAGAGAAAUGAAAGUGGA